ACCGACCUUCUCCAACUCUGUUCAUUACUACAACCGAGACACUUUCGCCAACGACCCCAACGAUCAGCUCGCUACCGAGCUCAACUUUCACGACAGCGACGCCAUCAGGUGGUAAACCAUAUGAUAGCGCUCACAAUGAGCGCACAAAUAAAUUCCACAGCGUCCCCACAAUCGCUUCUUUCCAACUCGUCUGAUCUUGUUCAAUCAUCCAUCCGUCGCAAUUCCGCCAUGGGCUGGAGCAACACGGCCACGACGCCUCUUCGAAUUGCAAAGCGUGAUAGCUCUAAACCAGCUUUUCCUCUUGUUGCCCGUCGAUCCUCAUCCAGUUACAGACAUCUCAGAAAUAACAAUCUUUCUUCAAUUCCAACGCCAUCCAGACCUUCUACCUCUGCACAUAACAACGUCCCUCUCCCUACACCCCCCUCGCGUAGGGUCAGUGGCGAGAAGCGUCCCCGCCCCGACUCCAUGCAUGACCAAGCUGAGAACGAGCGUCCAUUUACCCUCAAGCGGGAACGCCGUCAGUCAAAAGUCUACCAGGGACUCGUGGAGAAGGAACCUGUGACAAAGAGCCCCUUCAAACGUCCUCCUGGCACCCGGGAAGAAACUCCACCCCCAGUACCUCCCAAGUUCAUCCCUGUCCCACCAAUUCCGGAGCCUUCCGCUAGUAGGAGUGCAACUCCACCGAAGGCGAUUACCCCCACACGCCCAUCACUCGUUACCAAACGCCUCCAUGGUCCGCGAACUGCUGACCAGCCCUCUCUCGAACGUAGGCGCCAGAGACGAAAAACUGUAACAUGGGAUGAGCGUUGUGAUGUCCUUGAGUUUGACUGCGAGGAAGGGGAAAAUGAUCCCUUUUAUUCUGAUGAAGAUGACUAUGGCACCCCGGAUCCUGAUCAUCCCGAACAGGCAGCCGUAAUAUGUGGCUCACUUCCUUCUGAGCUCUUAGAGUUAGUAGACCCUCCUCUGACUCUCCCGUCACAUAUCAGUCCACCAGCCGUCCGCCCGGAUGACGAUGUCCUGGAAUUGGACUGUGAAGAAAGCCGGGAUGAUACCUUCUAUUCUGACGAAGAUGACUAUGGCAGCCCUGGUCACAGCGAGCAGGCAGCUAAAGUAUUCGAUUCAAUUCCCUCUGCGCUCUUGGAGCUCGUGGGCUCCCCUCAUAACCCUCCUUCACCCAUCGUUCCUCCAGCCGUCCGUCAGGAGUCACCUGCCCUACGUCAAGGCUCCCCGCUCUGCGAGUCCGCGAGUUCGCCUACCCUUUCCAUUGGUGGCAGCGCAGGACGCGCCCCAAGGACACACAUCAGCAGAGAGGAUAUCCAUACACGUCUCAUGCGGAAACGCAGCUCGGACAGUCCUAUGACAUCGGGUAGUAUGUCUCAGCAAGACGGGGAUGCACAACUCCCAAAACAAACCGAGUCCCAUGGCAACGACAUUGCUGAUGUAAAGGUUGAAGAAGAUGAAGAGCAGGAGGAACGCGUCGAGUCGAUGUCGGUGAUGAUGGAUAUUAGUGCCGAGCUUGCAACUCUUCAAGCUGCAGAGCGAGGGUCCCCGAGUCCCAACGUUAUGCGGCCGAGGGGCGCCACCCAACUUAUUUCUCAUCCGCCUGCGAACACUGUUUCAUCUCUUGACACGACGUGUGACAUUUCCAACAGCUUUGAUCUUGGUGACUCCAUGGACUCAGUGCAGCUUGGCGAGGUGCGCUCCGCCCUCGACAAGGUUAUGCAGAUGCGCCUCACGCCCAAUCGCAGUGCGGACAGUCCUUCAGUGCUGGGUGGUGCGGCUGAGCAAGCUGCUGACGCAAAGUCUCCCCAACAAAUCGCGUCCUUCAUCAUCAGUGAUGCAGAGACUGAAGAAGAUCAAGAGCAGGAGAAACGCGUCGAGUCGAUGUCGGUGAUGACGGAUAUUAGCGCCGAGCUUGCGACUAUUCAAACUGCAGAGAAAUGCACAAUUAACUCUGCGGCUGUUGCAGUAAGUCAGCAGGGGUCUCCGAAUCCUGCCGUAACAAGGAGCUCCCUCGACCUUCUUGCUCCACCAUCUACGAACAUUAGCCUGUCUGUUGAUGCGAGUUUCGAGCUUAACAGCAGCCUCGGUCUUGGUCCAGGUCUCAGAGAUUCUGUGAACUCUGUCCAGUUCAGCGAGAUGCGCUCGGCACUCGACAGACUCAUGGAUGAUGUCAAAGGCACGGCAAGUAGGAGCUCAAGCCCGAGAAGGCCCACGCACAUGCGCGUCGAGUCUGUCACUGAAGGCAUCAAAGCAGGACAAUUCGACAACAGCUUUGGUACGGGUGACGAAUCUAUGCGCACGGAGACGGACUUUGAUGCGUCGAUGUCCAUGGACAGCCAUGUGGUACGGCCGCGGGCGGCACCGUUGCAGCGCGCAGCGACAGACUCGAUAGUGUACACUGCCCCAGCGUUUAGCAGCCCCAUGCUAGCAGAGGAGCAAGCGUCGCAGGCGAAGCAUGCCAUACGUCAGAGAGAGGAGCUUAUACUCGAGAAGCGUCGGGCGGCGCGAAGACGAGAUAAUGAUGAAUCACUGGGAUAUUAUACCCCGCCCCGUGCAGCGCCAGCUGGCAGACCUUCACGCCGGCGGAGUCAGAGUACUGGUGACGCUGGCGCCCCGGCGAAAAACGAUAUGCUUCUUGACCUCGGUAUCUCCGACAGUGAAGGCGACCCUCUAGCUGACAGUAUCUCGAAAGAGUUGAAGAAACUUGAUCCUGAACAUAGGAAAGGGAAAUAUCGUGUUCGGGAGCAUGAGGCGAUUUUUGCGUCUGCCGAUACCGAGCAGGUCUCACAUAUGUCACUUGCUGGUGACGUGAAUGGUGGAAAGGCAUGGAAGGCCGUCCGACGACCAUCGGACAUGAAUGAAUAUUCCAAGCAAAUUAAGGAAUAUAGGUCAAUGGAAAAGCCUGGGAAGGCGCAUGGCAAGGUGUUUGUAAGAGUCGUUGGUGUUCGCGGCUUGAGGGUGCCCAUACCACAGCAAGCUACAGCUCUCACGUGUACUUUGAACAAUGGAAUACAUUUUGUCACUACUCCAGAAACCCGUCUAUCCAAAGAUUCGCGCAUCGACCAAGAGUUUGAGCUUAUCGAGCACAACAAGCUGGAGUUCACUCUCACCCUCAAAGUCCGCCGUGAUGCACAUAUCACCGCCCAAUCACAGGCUCUUGUGCCACCGCCUGCGCCUCGUGUGCAGGCCCCGAUACCCGUACCCAAGUCUAGGGGUGGCAUGCUUAGCUUCUUCUCAUCAUCACCUAAAAAGCAACCUCGCGCGACACCAACACCCCCUCCACCUGACCCUCCUUAUAGACUCCCAGAUAAUCUUGCACGGUAUCUCAAACAAGAUGGAACUCUUGCACGUGCAUUGAUUUCAUUCAAAGAUGUGGCUGCGAGAUGCGAUACUCGACUAUUCGAGACUACCUAUCCACUAAUCGGACAGCGCGUCGAAGCUUCAGGGGGUCCAACAACCAUGGAGUUGGGAGAGAUCGUAUUGCAGAUGUUUAGACUUCCACCUCUACCUGGUGUUCUGAGCAAUCAGCUUCCACAGAGUCUUGAAGACUGUCACCGGGGUUUAAGACAUGUCGCCUGGCAUAAACAUGGAGGUGAUUGCAUGACAUGGCGGCGGCGACGCCUUCGAGUGAUUGGCGCGAAUCUUGUUGCAUUUAACGAUGUCACUAAGAAGGCAACGGCCACCAUCAACCUCAAGAAAGCCAUCGCAGUUGAGGACAACCAAGAUACGCGUACAGGCGCUCUCAGUCGUGCUCGGUCAGCAGAUAAUUACGAUGGGAUGUUCGCAGUCGAACGUUCCUUCCGUCUCAUAUUUCCUGGAAACCAAGAAAUAUUCUUCUUCGCGGACACGGAUGAUGAGAAGGCAAAGUGGCUUGAUGUAUUCCGUGCGCUUGUCGGGCACAUCCCACCGAAUCCAUUAUGGGCAGAGUUAAUAUGGCAACGACAGCAAGAGAUGGCGAAACAGCCCCCUACGCAGAUGUCUUCUUCGAAGAUAAGUCCCCGAUAGUAAUUCCCUUUUAUUUUUGCAUCUUCCGUCUAGCUUAGUUUUCGUUCGUUCUCUUGUGUUUUUCUCUCUUUUUCUUGCAAUUUUGUUUUCUGUAUUAUGCUACAAUAACGUCGUAGUCAGUCGCAUUUGCAUGCAUAUGCUCUCUAUGUAACAGUAAUUUAUGCACAUAAAGUACAGACAUAUAGUCUUGCUUCUUGGACUUGAA